AUGGACCGCCUUAUAUCUUCCGCAGUCACUGUUGGAAAGGUGAUCUUUGUCGAGUUGGUGGGCAUGUGGGCCUCGCGGCACUUCACCGCCAAGGAAGAAUCGCUCAAGACGCUCAGUCAUAUUUGUGUUAAAAUAUUUCUGCCGUGUCUUCUUUUUUCACAACUGGCAAUGGAUCUCUCGUGGGAGAUGAUUUAUAAGUAUUACUGGGCAGGCAUAUUGCCGCUUAUCCCAAUGACACUUGGUUUUUUUUCGGCUUUUGCCUUCCGCUCGUUUAUUCCUGCAGAGUUUUAUGGCAUGCUUCAGCUGGCGUGCACGUUUCAAAGCAUUGUAUCUUACGGUUUGGGGAUUACGCUCAAUCUCAAAAUCUCGUGGUGGACUAGGGAGAAUAAAAGUAAGGCUGAGUCAUAUGUGUUUCUUUUCAACGUGCUGCACUCCAUAUUUCUCUGGUCGGUUGGCACAAUGAUUGUUGAGAAGUGCGCCAAGGCCUUGGAGGAGGAGAACGCCGUCACCGCUGCUGCUGCUGCUGCGUCAAUAUCUGAGAGGAAUGACGCUGCGAAAGAAGCGGAAGGAGCUUUGGAAGAGUGCUGGGGUUAUGAAGACUACCAGCCUACCUCGCACCCAGACUCCGCACCAGUAUCACUGUGGCCGAAAACAAUGUCGACGACGGAUUUAACGUGGAUGAAGUACAUACGCGUGCAGCUCCCGUACCUGCUCACAGAGCAACUGGUUGCCAGUUUUUUGGGAUUGCUGAUUGCUCUUGUUCCGCCUUUUUAUCUGCUGCUAAAGAACCCUGUGGGGGAAAUGAUAAUGGGUGGAAUUGCUCUGCUGGCUCCCGGCGCUGUGCCGCUGCAACUUUUGUUACUCGGCGUCAAUGUCACUGCAGAGGAUGAUGGUUCGACAAAACUUCCCGUACGCUUUAUGGUGGGAGUUAUUGCUCUUCGUCUUUUUUUUAUUCCCUUUAUUUGCUUUGGCAUCAUUCACCUUCUCUUGGUAUGUGGUCUGAUGCCAUAUGACAAACCGUUUGUGUUGGUGAUGCUAAUACUAACUUCUGCCCCAACGGCAGUAAACACGUCUAGCAUAUGCUCCAUGUAUUCAUACAAAGUGAAGGAGUUUACGAAACUACUUCUUUUCAUGUAUACCUCCUGUAUCUUUACAACAACUGUUUGGCUGACAGUAUAUGUUUGGUAUUUGGAGUCCUAG